AUGGACUUUGGAGUUCCCCAAGACCGUCAGAGAGUCUACAUUUUGGGCGCCAAGAGGUCCUCAAAGAAGGGUAUCACCAACCCACCACUGAGCAUGCCCAAAUGCAAAGGUAGCAAGCCUAGUCUUUCAACUUUGCUUUUGAAGAACGUCGGGGCCAAGCAAAAGAAAAAGAUGAAGAUGGGGAAAACGGCCAUGAAGAACCUGAAAGCUGCCAGGGUGAAGUUCGAGGAGGAUUACGCCCGUUCCUCCAAGCCAGUGAUUGUAGAUUUGGCGGCAGGCCAAAAUUUCGCCCGAGUUUGUCAUGACUUCGUGCCAACAUUGUUGGCUGGUCGCUGUGCAAGCAGCUUCAGUGAUGACGAUAUCCCGUGGCAACUGCUCAACGUCCCGAAGACUCAGAGAGGCAGAAUGAUCGGCAACGCCAUGACACAGACUGUCUUGGCAAGGGCCAUCGAGGCCGUUUUGAUUUCCGCCCGACUCAAGCAAACCGAUGGAGUGAACCUGGAACAUUUUGCAAAGGUCCAAGAAGCAUAUGACACGCACGCUGAGUUUGCCGGCCUGGUUCAGGGAUCACAGCCCAAGUCCUUAGCGGAAGGGUCCCCCGCAGCUCCGUUGGAUGUGACCGUUUUGGCCGGCCGUUCUGCACAAUUUGCUGCACAAGACCAAGAUGCUGGUGACGGUGCUUCGAGGGACAUCAUUUUUGGGUGCAUCCCCAUCAUUGACACUGCAGUGAAAUAUUUGCAGAACGGCCGUUUUGCAGAACCCAAGUGUGCAGAGCGUCUGGUGGUCUAUGCUGACCCUGCGAUCCUGAAGAACCAGCAGGGCCAAAUCCCAGAACGCACGUUGAAGAGGCUCUCCCCUGAGGAAGAGCAUCACGCGAUGAUUCUCGCAACGGCCAGAGGUUUGAGUGCGGGUUGCAACAUCCAAAAAUGGGCACAGGCUUGGUUGACUCAGCCAGUUGUGUUCCGUUGCGUCCGGAGGCUUUCGGCCUUGUCGGCAGCUAUCUCAGACGACCUGACUGCCGCCUUGUUCUUUGAGGUUCAGAGGGUGUAUCAGAUCGGACUCCUGGCCCAGUCAAUGAAGAACCAAAGCAGCAGAACGAACCACAAGGAGGUGCAUGCAGCCUUCCAUGCAAACUUGCGAGUCUCAAGUGGCGAGUCGAUCAAUCCGACAUUCGUCCGCGUGGCCCUCACAAUGUGGAAAGUGCUCCAGCACAAGGCUGUUCGCAAUGCGUUGCUUCUCGGAGACGAGCUGUUCGGAAAGAACAACCCUCUCAGCAACUCCUUGUACAAACUUGAAGCACUGAUGCAGGCUUCUGGCAGUGACCCCGUCCGUUUCGAAAGCAUGUUGGUUUUCUUCUUCGACUUAGUCUUGAAUGGCGAUAUCCAGCCCUGGGAGUGCUCAUGGGGCCCCCUCACGGGGAAGAAGCAACCGCAUAACAAGGGGAACCUUCGCUGUCGCUUCAAGAUUGUAUUUUUCAAACCUGAUGAUCGAUUGUCUUUUUGGGGAUGGGCGUGA